AUGUCACCUGUCAAGGACUCCUCAGCACCCAUCUACAAGAUUGUGAAUGCCAAGCUAUUGCUUAACCAUGAACUCGUCGAAGGCUCCUAUUUGUGGUUCCAAAACGGCAAGAUCAUUCAUCCCCAGAACCUCUUUUUCGACCUUCAUCGUGAAGCUGAUGAGAUCAUUGAUGCCAAGGGCAUGUUGGUGGUGCCUGGUUUUAUUGAUACCCAAAUCAACGGUGCAUAUGGUAUCGACUUUGCUGAUUAUGAAGAGACCGAUGAAAAGCUCUCCAAGGAUAUCGAUACCGUGGCCAAGGGAUUGUUGAAAUAUGGAUGCACAGCUUUUUGCCCUACCGUAGUAAGCUCAGAACCCGCUGUCUAUAGCAAGGUGUUGCCUUUACUUAGACCCCGCAAAGGAACUGCCGAUGGCGGAGCAGAGAUCUUGGGUGCACAUGUGGAAGGACCCUUCAUCUCACCCGAAAAGAAGGGUGCACACAAGAUUGCCGUAUUGCAAGAUGCCAAGAACGGUAUUGAAGACUUUGAUAAGGCUUAUGGACCUGAACUCAAGAAGGGCAAGGAUGCUGUUAGCAUCAUGACAUUGGCUCCCGAACUUCCUGGUGUCACUGAUGCUAUCCCUGACUUGGUGGCACGUGGCAUUACUGUUGCUCUCGGUCACAGUGCAUGUCAAAUCGCCGAUGCUGAAAAGGCUGUCAAUCAAGGUGCUAAUAGCAUUACGCAUUUGUUCAAUGCUAUGCAAACUUUCCAUCAUCGUGAUCCCGGUUUGGUUGGUGUACUUGGUGCACAUGACUUGCCUAUUCCUUCGAAAGCUAAGGGCCACCCAUUGCCUUCCAACACAUCUCCUUGCCGCACCAAAGCUGAUCCUCGUCCUUUCUAUGGCUUGAUUUGUGAUGGUGUCCAUGUCCACCCCAACUCUAUUCGUAUCGCCUAUUACUCUCAUCCUCGUGGUGCUGUUCUCGUUACUGAUGCUUUAUCAGCCAUGGGUCUUCCUGCUGGCACCUAUUCCCUCGGUGGUCGUGAUGUUGCUGUGGAUCACAAUGGUGCAGCUUACAUCAAGGGUACCAACACUUUGGCUGGCAGCACUUUGACAAUGGAUGCCUGUGUUCGCAAUUUCCAAUGCUUUACCAAUUGUACCACUGUUGAAGCCUUGGAGGCUGCCACUCUUCACCCUGCACAAAUGCUUGGUAUUGCUGAUAGAAAAGGUACUCUUAAUGUCGGUGGUGAUGCCGAUCUCGUCUUUUUGGAUGAGGAUUUGAAGGUUAAGCGUGUCUUUGUCGCUGGCGAGGAAGUCAAGUUAUAA